AUGCGAGCGCCGCCGCUGCUGCUGCUGCUGCUGAUGGCGGCCGCGGGCCUGGCCGUGAGUCCGCUCGCGCGCCUCAACCCCUGGCUGAGCGCGUGCGAUCUGGAGGAGGAGGGCGCGGGCGCCGAGUGCGGCGACGGGCACGCGGCGUGCAGCGGCGGCGGCGCCGACACGCUGGCGGGGCGCGACGUGCCGUCGCUCUGCGCGCUUGGAGCUGGUGCACGAGCGCGUCGCCUGGCCGAGCUGCGGCUGCGCGCCUGCUGCGAGCGGUCCCCUGCAUCCGCACUGGACCGCAGCGCGCGCGCCGACGUUCUCGCCGGUGGAGAGCGCUGUGAACGCACGCUUCGCGACCUCCUUGCCCUCGACGCCAUGGUGGCGCGCGUGCACUGUGACUUCGUCAGCAUCCUCAAUCGCUACGACUGCGACCAGUCCUAUUCAGUACACACCUGUAACGAGUGCCAGGAAACGUAUCGACGGUGGGCUUGCAGUACAAUGGUGCCUCUGUGGGUGGAAGAGGGAGCGGAGGAAAACGACGAGGGCAGCAGGUCCAGAAGGACGCCAGCAGAGCACGCCGCCCGUUGGCACGCACGCCACCUCGAGCGCGUGGGUCACCUGGACCGGCGACGAGGCGGCGGUGUCGUCGGUCGCUGGGUGCGCGCAGCGGCCGCCGGCCCCGGCCGACCCCUAGUUCGUCUUAAGCCUUGUCUAUCAGUUUGUCAACUCGUCGAGCAACACUGCCCAUACUUUCUGCCGGCGGACCGCGCUCCUGCUUACCCGACGCAAUAUGCGGGCGAGCCCACGUUCCUAUGUCUCGAUCCACGCAUACCCGAGACCGGCGCUCAGGCGAACAAGUCCAACUACGGCCCCGACGACUGCUGUUAUUGGUACUGCGAAGGCCGCCUCUGCUACCACUGCGAGUCGCGGCUGAGCGAGCCGCAGCGGCCCGACGCCGAGCGCUGCAGCCCCGUCGUGGAGCGCACCGCCACCUGCUCCAUGCCCUACCAGGCGCCCGCCUCGGCCCCCGCGGCCUCCCCGCGGCCGGCCCUCCUCGCCACAGCCCUCCUUAUCACACUCGCCUCCAUGGUGCGGACUUUCUGGACGUCGUUUUUACCUCUAGUGAAUGUGCGUGAAUCGAGGUUAUAGUUUUACGUUUACGUGCGUCGCACCAUCGUGUACUGCGACAGCCGAACCACGUUGGAAACUUUUACUAGUGAUGUACUUAUGAUAAUAAAAACGCUUCGGUAACGUUACCGAAGCGGCCGGAGACCCGCGACGCCGGGCCCGAUCCGCCCGCGCCUUCGUACGGCAUCGCGGGCCCCCGGCUCGUAUAGACUCUAAGUUAAUAUUUGUGUCCGAUCGUUCAUUGAUAAACGAAAAAACACCAAUAGUUCUAUAUCGUUACUAAGAUGUCUGAAGAAAACUUCGCCGUUGACGACGUUCCAGCCAGUAUAUUUAUGUCGAGAGGGUUUUUAAAAUAUUUUGUUGGAGUUAUUUAUUACAUUUUUAAUGUUGAUUAUUUUGUAGCUAAUAUUGCAAAAGUAUUUACAGGUUUUAAUGAAAUAGUAAUGCGUAUUUUGUUAAUGUUAUAAAUAGUAAUUUUGCAAGUAUUCACUUCCCGAUACAAGAGGUGGUCUUUUUGCACAAAAUGUGUAACCGUGUCAGCCUGCAAUCUGCAUGGUUGUAACGAGUAGCAAAGUUUUAAGUCGCACGGCACUCUUAUGUAUAAUUAUUAAAUAAUUGAGCCGGGAGUCGGAAAGUUGUAACAGAUAAGCAAUUAUUGUUUUGCAUUAGUGAAGGAAACAAAAUGUUGGCAUUUGUGCGGCUUUAAAAAUGUAAAAGUCAAAUAUAACCAUAUGUUUAAAUUGUAUUAAAUCAUUAAAGCACACAUAGGAUAACACGAGUAAUAUAUUAAGAUUAUUUUAAAACAGAUUGACAAUAGUGUUACAUGAAUGGGUUUUAGAAAAUUAUUUUUGUAACGAUAUAGCUUGUCGCGGCAUAGAAGCAAAGGGUAUAUAUAAUAUUAGGUUAAAUGAAUUUGAAACAAUGCGAUCAGUAGUUUUUGUUUGUGUGUUAGGUAACAAUAAAUAAUUAAAACCAAUAUUUAUUAAAAAUGGAUUCAUUUUAUAGUCAUAACGGUUUCUUUUAAUAAUUAAUCACGAUUCUUUUUAUUAUUUUUGUAGCGAACACAUUUCAUUUGCUUUAAAUAAUAAUAUAAAAGGUCAUUGUUUCUAUGUCCAUCGGUCAAAGAAUGCCUAACACUGGUCUAUAAUAUAUAAUAUGUAUUAAACAUUGAAAGAAAUGAAUAUUAGGAUUAAAUAACGUAGUUGUUGUUUUGUAAGAAGUAAAAAAGAAUAAAUUAUAUGUAAUAAUAUAUCCGUCUUAUGAAAGUAUGAUACUCAGAUUGUAAACGUGGUUGAGCAUGAUUUUUAUAUGAUAUUUGUUUUAUAAUAUAUAUAAUGUACAUUUAUAUUAUGUCUUGUAUAUUGCAGUGACUGUCACCAUGUUAAUGGGUGCAGUCCUUUUGAAUAAUUAUAUAGGUUACUACAGUGUUUGUUAGUUUUCUUAUUUAAAAAGAAAUAAUAUGAUAGUUGCGUCGUUGAAGAUUACUAUGUGAUCAAAAUCAAAGUAAAAUUAAUGAUUGUAAAGACUUUAUCGAAUGAACAUUUGUUGAGAAUAUUAUCCUCGGACGAGGAUGUAGUUGUUGAUUGCAAAGAUAAUGAUAAUAAUAUUAAGUAAGUUAUUUUUUACGUUUUUAAUGUGUGUGAAUAAAACUAAAACGGUUUGUUGUUUCCACUCCCUGUCUUUGAAGAAAGACCACCGAGGGUGCUAAUUGUCUAUUAAAGCUUAUUAGAAUUUUAUUUUCUACACUUUAAAUUUAUCUAUCCACUUGCACACUUAAAGUUUACAUACAUAUUAUUUACAUUAUAGCACUAAUUGGUUUCUAAAUUCACAUUUAUUGUUUUGCUUUGCUUUAUUUUUAUUUCAUGGAAGGAUUGGAUAUACUCAAAGUCUUAUUUAUUUAGAAAACUAUUUUUUUUUUGUAUUCUUAAACUAUUAGUUGAACAUGUCUGAACUACCUAUUUGUUUAAAAGUAAUAAAUGUUAAAUGUAGUUAGUAAUUUAUAUGUCUCAAAUUGAUCGAUUUUAAUUCAUACCCGUUAUAUUCAUAUCUAUACGUCUUGAUUUUGCAAAAGUGUCUAUACAACGAAUUUAAUUUCUAUUAAAACGUUUAGACAUCUGAAUACAGGUAUGACUUCUAUUUUUUCGGAAAUCCUUAUACCUAGAGCUAUUGAGUUUUUGAGUUACACACCUCCAAUCGAGUUUAUUCAAUCGUGAUGCCUAGUGCCUUCACUCGUUUCGAAGUGAAAGCGGUUGCAAGGUUAGAUUAAAGUACGGAAUAAACUAACUGCCAGUUCUGCCGCCAAUAUAGAACAAUUCAACUUAUGAUGCUGUUCAUAUGAUGUCGAGUCGUAGGAAAUUAAUUGAAAGUUAAUUGUAACUAAAAUAGUAUAUAGCGUUCACAAAUCAGUUAUA